UUACUAUGGUAGGUUCAAUGGUACAUUAAGGUGGGUUGGUAUUAUGCCAAAGCUGUGAGCGACCCCAGCCAACCGUGCAUCCUCACCUCACCCAGUUUUGUUCCACCAGCACAAUGGCCGACCUUCUCACCUCACUUGAACAUGAUGGAUUCGUCCUCAUCCCCUCUGUUCUCUCCAAACAUGAACUCCAAACCCUUCGCACCGCCUGCUCUGAAGCCGUGACCCUCGCGCGGGCGGGGAAAUGGUCGCACAUUCGCACGCUCCCCAAGCAAUUCCCCCCAUGGCCGUCCGAUCCGUCCCACGGCAUCUGGGGCGUCCAGCACCUCCUCCAUCCCGCACUCCCGAACUCCAAAGCCCUCACCGCAUCGUACUUUAGCGACGCGAUCGUGUCGCCAGUGAAGGAGCUGCUGAGUGCGACGGAUGACGAGCUGGUGAUGGAGCUGUACAACCUACUCGUCCGGCCGGAUCAGGACUUCGCGCUUCGAUGGCAUAGAGAUGAUAUCCCGCCAACCGCUACUGUGGAAGAGGAGCUCAAGAGAUUGAACGAGCCAGCGUGGCAUGCGCAGUGGAACCUGGCGCUCUACGACGAUCGAUCGCUGGUCGUGGUGCCAGAGUCGCAUCGACGGGCGCGGACGGAGGCAGAGCGCAACGCUGACCCAUAUGAGUCCAAUAUGCUGGGGCAGAAAAUUGUCGAGAUCAAGGCGGGGGACGUGAUGUUCUACGACAACAAUAUCCUUCAUCGAGGGGUCUACGAUGCGACGGUGGAACGGAUGACCCUCCAUGGUAGUAUCGGGCACGUCAAGGGAAGUAGUGCCAGAGCACAGAAUGUCCUUCAGCAUGGGGUGGGCGCGUGGGUAGACGAAUGUAGGUUUGAUGACUUGCCGGAGGGAUUGAAGAACAGAGCGAAUGGUAUGCGGGCGAGACUUCAUCAGAUGGGGAGCGACAAUCCGAACGUUGGGUACUCUCAGGACGAUUGAUCACCUGGGAAACCUUUCUUAUCUAACUGCGAGACUCAUUAAGUCAAGUUUCAUAAACCAGACCGUAUCUGAGUUGCCGUCCUUUCUUUCGUGAGCUAUGUCUUUUAUGUCUCGAGUUAUGAGCCUUUAUUCCCUUUCCCCGCCGGCCAAGGUCUCAAGUCGAAUAAAAAAUAUAUUCGAUUCGGUUUAUACUCCACGACGAACACCGCAACCAGUUUCAUAUGUCCCCUGUUUCUGUCCCA